AUGGCGGUGGGCCUGGAGCAGGCGGAGGAGCAGCGGCUGUACCAGCAGACGCUCCUGCAGGACGGGCUCAAGGACAUGCUGGACCACGGCAAGUUCCUGGACUGCGUGGUGCGGGUGGGCGAGCGCGAGUUCCCGUGCCACCGCUUGGUGCUGGCGGCCUGCAGCCCCUACUUCCGAGCGCGCUUCCUGGCCGAGCCGGAGGCGGGGGCGGCGGGCGGCGAGCUGCGCCUGGAGGAGGUGGCCCCGGACGUGGUGGCGCAGGUGCUGCACUACCUGUACACGUCGGAGAUCUCGCUGGACGAGGCGAGCGUGCAGGACCUGUUCGCCGCGGCGCACCGCUUCCAGAUCCCGUCCAUCUUCACCAUCUGCGUGUCCUUCCUGCAGAAGCGCCUGUGCCUGUCCAACUGCCUGGCCGUCUUCCGCCUGGGCCUCCUGCUGGACUGCGCGCGCCUGGCCGUGGCCGCCCGCGACUUCAUCUGCGCGCGCUUCCCGCUCGUGGCGCGCGACGCCGACUUCCUGGGGCUCUCGGCCGACGAGCUCAUCGCCAUCAUCUCCAGCGACGGCCUCAACGUGGAGAAGGAGGAGGCGGUGUUCGAGGCGGUGAUGCAGUGGGCGGCCGGCGGCGCGGACCCCGAGGCCCAGGCCGAGCGCCAGCGUGCGCUGCCCACCGUGUUCGAGAGCGUGCGCUGCCGCCUGCUGCCGCGCGCCUUCCUGCAGAGCCGCGUGGAGCGCCACCCGCUGGUGCGCGCCCAGCCCGAGCUGCUGCGCAAGCUGCAGAUGGUCAAGGACGCCCACGAGGGCCGCCUCACCGUGCUGCGCAAGAAGAAGAAGAAGGACAAGGGGAAGGAGGCGGCGGGGCCCAAGGCGGCUGGCAAGGGCGGCGCCGGCGAAGCCAAGGCCGAGGGGGAGGAGGAGGAGGAGGAGGAGGACCAGGAGCGCGUCCUCCCAGGCAUCCUCAAUGACACGCUGCGCUUUGGCAUGUUCCUGCAGGACCUCAUCUUUAUGAUCAGCGAGGAGGGCGCCGUGGCCUACGACCCGGCCGCCAAUGAGUGCUACUGUGCCUCCCUCUCCACCCAGAUCCCCAAGAACCAUGCCAGCCUGGUGACCAAGGAGAACCAGGUCUUCGUGGCCGGGGGCCUCUUCAUCAAUGAGGACAACAAAGAGGACCCCAUGAGCUCUUACUUCUUGCAGUUUGACCACCUGGACUCAGAGUGGCUGGGGAUGCCGCCGCUGCCCUCGCCGCGCUGCCUCUUCGGCCUGGGAGAGGCUCUCAACGCCAUCUACGUGGUCGGCGGCCGGGAGCUCAAGGAGCGGGAGAGCAGCCUGGAUUCGGUCAUGUGCUACGACAGGCUGUCGUUCAAAUGGGGUGAAUCGGACCCGCUGCCUUACGCGGUGUACGGCCACGCCGUGCUCUCCCACAUGGACCUCGUCUACGUCAUUGGCGGCAAAGGCAGCAACAGGAAGUGCCUGAACAAGAUGUGCGUCUACGACCCGAAGAAGUUCGAGUGGAAGGAGCUGGCUCCCAUGCAGACGGCCCGGUCCCUCUUCGGGGCCACCGUCCACGAUGGCCGCAUUUUUGUGGCCGCGGGGGUCACGGACACAGGGCUGACCAGCUCGGUGGAGGUGUACAGCAUCACAGACAACAAGUGGACGCCCUUUGAGGCCUUCCCACAGGAGCGCAGCUCACUCAGCCUGGUCAGCCUGGCGGGCACUCUCUACGCCAUCGGCGGCUUUGCCACCCUGGAGACUGAGUCCGGGGAGCUGGUCCCCACGGAGCUCAAUGACAUCUGGAGAUAUAACGAGGAGGAGAAGAAGUGGGAGGGUGUUUUGCGGGAGAUGGCCUAUGCCACCGGUGCCACCUUCCUCCCGGUGCGACUCAACGUGCUGCGCCUGACCAAGAUGUGA